AAGAGGACACUCGGCCUCCGUCUCAAUUUGUGUAUGUGAAUCCUUCAGACUCCGUGCUGUUUGAGUCCCAGAGUCGUGACUGAUCGGAUUCUUCUUCGAUCCGAUCAACUGAAAAUCUUUGGAACUCGUAACCUGCAUUCUCGAUCGAUUGAUUGUUUUUACUUGUUUUCGUCACAUACACCAAUUUUGAUCGAUUUGUUUUUGUUUUGGUUCUGAAUAUCUAUCUCUGAUCAACUUUCCGGCGUAGAAUCCUAUUGUUUCGAGUCUAAUUAGUAGCGGUAUUUGUUGAGAAGAAUCUGGGAUUUUAGGUUUGAUUAAAAACCCUAAUUUUAAUGGCUUCAAUAAACCUUCAGUCCAGAGACGGCGGCGGCGACGAUAGUUCUAGGUCGCCGAUACGUUCGCGAGGGGUUUCUUCACCAUGGAGUAAGAUCGUACGAGGAGACAGUGGGGAGUUGCCUCUACCGGUAGUUUCUGUUACUCCUCCGGCGGUAUCGCCGUCGUUAUCCAUUCAGGAGCAUAUCGCUAACCCUUCCUCUGAUUGUUCGCCGCCUAAGGCUGUGGCGGAUUCGGCGAGCUCUCCGGAUGAUUCUGGCACCGAAUGUCAAUCAGAGGGUUCUGGUAAUGGUGGCGGCGGCGGCGGCAGUAAUGCGGUUAAGAAGCCGGUAUGGAGUAAACCAUCAAACGGUGUCGUUGAGGUCGUCAGUCCAGUUAUGGGUGCAGUUUCCUGGCCUGCUCUAGGAGAGUCUACUAAGCCUUCCCCUAAAUCGUCUUCAUCGGAGUCCUUACAAUCUCUUUCAGAUGGGUCGUUGGUGCCUGCUAUACAGGUGACUGGAAAUCCACCCCCUUCAUCACAUAAACUAGCAGUUCCUAAUCAUGUGAAUCCCACUUCAACUCCAAACAAUGUAGCGCCUUCUGGACAGAGGUCCCUGAGGAGAGGUGGAGGGAAUUCGGGUGCAUAUAUAUCAUCAAAUGGAGGGUUUUCUCAGCGUUCACCAGCAAUCCAGGAUCCAAAAGUUGAAGCUCCCCGUAAUACAACUGGAAAACCUGCAAAUGUUUCAAUGGAUUCUUAUCCAAAGGACCAGAGAGGAAGCUUCGGAUCACAACCAAACAAUGGUAAUACUAAUUCCAAUACUAAUGAUCAUCACCAUCAAAGGAAUUCGUAUAGAAGAGGCAAUGGUGGACAACAUCCACGUGGCAAUCAGGAAUGGAACCAACAUAGAAGCUUCAACAACAUGCAACCUCAGAGGGGUGGUUUCCGCAGGGGUUUUGUAAGACCCUCUGUACAUUCUUCAACUCCAUUUAUCCCUCCACAAAUGCACGUUCAAGUUCGCCCUUUUGGCAACAAUUUCAUGUACCCUGUGCCAGAUAUGGGGGCUGCUAUGUUCUAUGUUCAAGGUCCAACUCCACCAGACUCUCUCAGGCCUAUACCACUGGUUGCACCAAUGCAACCUCCAAUCUACUUCCCUGUUCCUGAUUCAGAUUUGCAUAAAAAGAUAGAGAAACAAAUUGAAUACUAUUUCAGUAAUGAGAAUUUGGUUAGAGAUAUAUACUUGAGACAAAAGAUGGAUGAACAAGGCUGGGUUCCUGUUAAUAUAAUAGCAAGCUUCAAGAAAGUUUCGAUUUUGACUGACAAUGUUGAGCUAAUUCUUGAUGUAAUGCGAACAUCAAAAGCUGUGGAAGUUCAGGGUGAGAAGAUGAGGAGGAGAAAUGAGUGGAUGAAAUGGGUGCUUCCAAGCUCAAUAAAUCAAGAUUCAUUGGCAUCACAGCUUCGGGGGAUUGGAUUGGAUGACGUGGCAACAAACAACCAGGUACACCAUACACACACAUGA